ACGUCACGCCCCUCCUCCUGGCUGUGGUUCUGGACUUCUUGCAGUAGAAGGGUCGAGCAGGUCAGCUGUCUGUCAACAGAAAAGCUGUCGGUAUAUAACAGUAUCUGAACAGUACCAUCAGAUACAUAAGGGUCAGAUUUACCUGAUUUAUCAACAUAAGCUGACAUUCUCAUUGCGACGAUGGCUGACUCUAAUAGUUUUGAACAGAUUGAAACUGAUGACGGACUGCCAGACUGGUCUGCGAUGAGCACACGAUUGAACUCGUUCCGGGCUUUUCCCCAUCAUGAGCAAGUUCCUGCAGAGAGGUUGGCACGAGCGGGCUUCUACUUCACAGGUGAAUCUGAUCGAGUGUGCUGCUUCAGCUGCCUGCACACCAUUGAGGACUGGCACCAAGGAGACAACCCAGUAGAAAGACACCAUGACGUCUCACCUGCCUGCAUGUUCCUCAGGUGCGUUCAUCACAGGAGCCUUGCUAGUGGAACUUCCCCUCAGUCUCCUGGCCCCAUCUAUGACGAGGAGGCAGAAGCCAUGGAGUUUAGAUUAAGAACACGUGAAGUAGUGGAUGAGUCGGUGUAUCCCAGUAUUCUGCAUAUGAAGAGUGAAGAUGCACGGCUGAGGACGUUCAGCAACUGGCCCUCUUGGUCUCCAGUACAGCCUCAUGACCUAGUGCAAGCUGGGAUGUUUUACGUGUCAGAGAGUAACAGGCAAGAAGACAGGGUGCAGUGUUUCUGCUGCGCAGGCAUGCUGGUCAACUGGGAGGAAGGUGAUGAUCCCUGGCAGGAACAUGCCAGAGUUUAUCCAGACUGCCCUUUCAUUUUGGGUCAUGAUGUGGGGAACAUCCCCUCUACGCAACCAAGACAGAGAAGCAGUGCUCAUAACAGUUCAAUGGAGUCCUUUGAGGAGCGCCUUGAAAGCUUCAGGGACAGAGUGCAUCCCAUCAACCCUGAAAGCCUGGCUAGAGCUGGGUUUUCUAGCGUAGGUGACCGAGACUGUGUGGUUUGCUUCAAAUGUGGAGGACGUCUGAAGAACUGGCAGCCAGAUGAGGACCCGUGGGAGGAGCAUGCCAAGCACUAUCCAGGAUGCAGUUUCCUGCUUGCAGAAAAAGGGCAAGAGUUUAUCAACAGCGUUCAGCUAAGAACUCCAGGACGCAGCUCUUCAAAUGGAUUUUUCAGUCGUGAGAGAGCAGCAUCAAAUGUACUGCAGUCAGAGAGCCGUGAGGACUAUUCAACUAUGGAAGAUGUCGUUGUAGACAUAACCAGUGGUGUGUUUGAUAGCGAUUCUGAUAUGUGUCAGGAUACUGCACGAAGACCCCUUGAAGAAGCUGGAGACGCUGCAGCGUGAAAAGCUCUGCAAAGUGUGCAUGGACAGUGACAUUGCGAUCGUCUUCAUCCCCUGCAGACACUUGGUGACUUGUAAGAAGUGCUCCGAGCCUCUUCGCAAGUGUGCGAUCUGUUGUGCAGACAUCACACAGAAAAUCAAGACGUUCAGCUCGUAACCUCCAGCGCACUCACGCUCAGACAGAACUGCUGUGUUCCCACUCAUUUAAUUAUGAGCAAUCCUUAAAAAGAUACAUGUAUAUGGAUCCUUAAACAUACACACACAAUACAUGGAUGCGUUAGACAAAAAGAAUUUUAUUGUUUUAUACUAUAGGGUAUAUAAUGAGAAAUAUUUGUAUAUUUGGAUUAUGUUAGAGCAAAUAUGUAGUACAUAUGAAAAACAUUUUUUGGAAGGACCAGGUAAUGCUGAGGCUGCUGUCUGGGUACAGAUCAAAUGUAAUCUUAGGAUAAAUAUAUUGUAAGCAGAUAAUAUUAUAUAUGUAUAUAUAUAUAUAUAUAUAUAUAUAUAUAUAUAUAUAUAUAUAUAUAUAUAUAUAUACUUUGUUGGGGCAAUUUUAUUUUGCCUAGAGGUCUAUGUGCAUAAUUUAGAAGCACAUUAAUCGUGCUAUUCUGAAGAAAGAAACUACAUUACAAUAUGACACACUGUACUGACAUGGACAAGCUAUGUGCCAUUGCUGAGAAUCAAACCAAACACUCUGCCUGCAUGGACAUGUACAUGACUGUUUUAUGGUGAAAGCUCAGUCAAGUACAUUUUUAGAUCACAGUUUAAUCUGCACCCAGACAACCAAUACUCAUGCUUCAUUAACAGUGCCUUUCUUUAAUUAACACACACACACACACACACACACAUAUAUAUAUAUAU